AUGCGACUUUCUUUCAUUCUUUCCGGUGUGAAGAGGAGGACAACUUUGAAGGACGUCAUCAUUCAUCACGGUCUGGGAGCACACGAGCAAUAUACCUUGAGGCCAUUCCACCGACACGGUCCCUACCGCACCCACAUCCGCAUGGCAUCAACGCUGCCUCGCACGCCGAUCUUCAAUGCGAUCGCUAAACAUGAUCCAGCAUCACUGGCGAUAGUGCACAGCUCGUCCGACCGCUCGUUUAGCUACGGAAGCCUGCUGCACGAUGUCGCUGCUGCGAAAGAUAAUCUUACCGCCAUCACUGGUGGGAAGUCGUUAAGGGGCGAGAGGAUAGCGUUCCUGGCAGAGAACGGCUACGACUACGUGGUCACCUUUCUGAGCAUAUUGGCACACAAUGCUAUCGCACUGCCGCUGGCGUUCACACAUCCAAGCUCGGAGCUGAGGUAUAUCCUCGAGAACAGUGAGGCAGCGCUAGUCUUGUCAACGGAGAAGUUUCAAGAGAAGGCGGAGGAUGUGCUGCGGAGCGGGAGAGAGGAUGAGAAGAUGUCACAUACGCCCAAGCUGGAGAUCCUAAGCAAGAUCGAGACGGGCGCAACGAGUGCAGAGAAUGUCAAGUUUGAGGACCGCUCACUACAAGACGCAGGGUUCAUGCUGUACACAUCCGGCACCACGAACCGGCCCAAGGGCGUCGUGCUCUCCGUGGACAACAUCACCGCGCAAGCACAGUCUCUGAUCGAAGCAUGGCGGUACGCACCGUCCGACCUCCUCCUGCACGUCCUUCCGCUGCACCACAUCCACGGCACGAUCAACGCACUCUUCACGCCCUUGAUCGCCGGCUCGACAAUCGAGUUCGCCUACCCUUUCAACGCGGAUACGGUGUUUAAACGCCUCGCGCUACCUUUCCUCCCAGACGUACCCUCCGACAAGCGGCCCGUAACCUUCCUCACAGUCGUGCCUACAAUCUACAACCGCCUCCUCGCCUCCUUCCCUCAGCUAGACGCCGGAAUGCAAACAGCCGUCAAGACCGCCAUCUCGCCCGAACAUAUGCGCGUCAACAUCUCCGGCAGCGCCGCACUGCCCACACCUACGAAGCAGGCGUGGACGGACCUCAGCGGCGGGAACGUCUUGUUGGAGCGCUACGGGAUGACGGAGGUGGGCAUGGCAUUAUCCUGCGGUUUAGCAUACGAGGAUCGCGUCGACGGUAGCGUGGGCUGGCCCCUCCCCUCGGUGCAGGUCCGCCUGGUAGACACAGAGACCAACGAAGUCAUCCAGCCCGGGCAAGAGCAAGCCCCAGAUGGGAAACAGCGCGAAGGCGAAAUCCAACUCCGCGGCCCAACCAUCUUCAGAGAAUACUUCCGCAACCCCGCCGCCACAGCCUCGGAAUUUGUCGACGACGAUGGAGAUGGGUUGGGGAAGUGGUUCAAAACAGGCGACGUCGCAAUCCGCCAACCCGGCCCAACAGGAGCCGGCAAAAGCGAUCAGAAGUGGGCCCAGGGGCCAAUGUAUUUCAUCCGCGGCCGUAAGUCCGUCGACAUAAUCAAAACGGGCGGCGAGAAGGUGUCUGCUCUCGAAGUCGAGCGUGAGCUCCUAUCACUACCGGAGGUAGCGGAAGCAGCCGUCGUGGGAAUACAGAACGAACAGUGGGGCCAGAAGGUCGCCGCCAUUGUAGUCUUGAGCGAGACCGGCAAGACUGCAGGAAAGGGCGGGAAAGCCUGGGCUGCCUUGGACAUGAGGCGGGCCUUGAAAGACAGAUUGGCAAAUUAUAAGGUGCCGAUGGAGUUGAGGGUUGUGGAUGGCAUUCCCAGGAAUGCGAUGGGCAAGGUCAAUAAGAAGAGUCUGGUUAAGGAGGUCUUUCCGGAGGCGUCGUGA